AUAAGCAAAGCAAGCAAAAAAAAAAAGAGAGGAGGAAAUGGCUUUCUCACGCAUCUCAUAUGCUGCUUCUCUCGUAGUCUUCUCAUCUCUAAUCAUAUCCUCAGUUGCUUAUUACGGCAAUGAAGCCGACCCAGAGACCGGAAAAUUGAUUCCGAUCGCUGUUGAGGGGGUCAUCAUGUGCAGGUCAGGUGGCAAAAGUUACCCAAUCCAAGGUGCAACGGCAAGAAUUGCAUGUGUGAAGACUGAUGCAUACGGGAAAGAGAUAGUUCCAAUAUCGAUAAUGAGCAGCAAAACCGAUGCCAAAGGUUACUUCUUCGCCACGAUAUUCCCUUCGCAGCUUCGUGCAGGAAGGACCGUGACCAGAUGCAAAGCUUACCUUUACCAAUCUCCAAUCGCUGACUGCGAUUUCCCGACCGAUGUGAACAAAGGUGUUAGAGGACAGUCGUUGAGCAAGUACCGUGUUCUUGAAGACAAGAGCUUCAAGCUUUACUGGGCUGGUCCUUUCUUCUACACCUCUGAACCUACUUACUACUAAUUAUGAUCAUUUGAUUGAACAUGAAAUUUGAACGUGUCCAUGCGAUGGGAGAAUCUUUUCGUUUUGUUUGAUUUCGUCGUAAAACGUUUGUUCGAAAAUGAAAAUGAGCUAACAGUUUGUUUUCUUUGUUUUUAUUUCAUGUCGUAUGACUGUUUCAUGUAUCUUAUAUUUUAUAAUUGGAUUCGUUUUAUAUAAUCACCUAAUUGCUUA